GAUGAGAGUAGGGUAGAGGGACCAUGAGGGUGUGUGUGUGAGCCAGCCAGCCAUCAUGAAGACCCACGUCAACACCAAAACAUUUCCCAAUAAAAAGAAGUGGAAGCCUAAAUCCAAUAAAACAAAGCAACUGCAACCUCAGAACAGGAAAAACAAGUUACACAUCAAGUUUGAUAUAGAAGACAGGAGGGAAUAUCUCACAGGAUUUCAGAAAAGGAAGCGAGAGAGACGUGAAAAGGCCCACAAACAGAUUGAAGAAGAUCUUAAAAAUGAAAUGAAGAAUAUAAGAAAAGAUCGAGUUCAAUUGAUCAAGAAAAUGAUAUACAACAAUCAAGAAAUGCCAGAAAGUGACAAUGAUGACGAGGAAGAUAAUGUGGAAAAUAAUAAUGUAACUGUUACCGACUGUGGGUCUGCUACAGUUGAAAUAUCUGGAAUUGACUUGAUCUCCUCUCAGCAUCACAUUGGAACCAAUCAGAUGGGACUUGGAAAUGCACACCCAAAAAUGGCAUCUACCAAAAGUAUAGUUAAGGAAGAUUCUGGGAAUGAGGAUGACGAUGAAAUAGAUAAAGAAAAAUUAGAUGAGCUUGGCAUUCACAGUCAGAAAGACCUGUAUCGCUCUCUCAAAAAGAGCACCUUUCAAGUGAUGAAGAAAAGCAGCUUGAUGAAGUUAAAGCAAGCUAGAGAUGCUAAAAAACAGAAAAAGGCUCAGGCAAGAGUGAAUAAUCACAGACGAAAGUUGAAAAAUAAAAAAAUGAAGCACAAACGGACACAAUUAACAGAACAAGUGACUUAGUCUUAUCAUCUCACAUGUAUUGUUUAUAUACUGUAAUAAAUUUUGACACCAUUAAAAUUAUUAAAGAAAACUAACUUUG